UCAGUUGCGUCACAUGAAGGUUACCACAGAAAGUCUCUGCUGCUACACGGUGUUUUCAUGUGUGUUAAUUCAUUGACCGUACACUAAAAUGAGCUACUAACAUACCCUACUGAUAUAGCCACAUAGAAGCUGAUUGUUACCGACAUUUUUGCUGCACUUCCGGACUACAAAAGUCUCCUGGACAUUGACUGUGCUGCUGCAAUCUGUCGCAUGUGUUCAUUUCCAAACACAUGAGCUCCUCGGCAGAGCUGUGACAGUCGACCUUCAAGAACGUCAGAGACACAACCAUCAGUGUUUGUUGUGUCAAAGCUAGAAUGAUUUUCCGGUGUAACGUUUCUCUCUGGCAAACACUGUGAUGAGAUGUGCAGACAACAUGCACAACUUGGCGCGUUACCUCAUCUUUUUCCAGUACAUCGGAACCAAAUACAGGGGUGCAACCAAAGUGCCUCCACAUCAGCAUGACAGGAAAGGAGUCCAGGACCACUUGGAGGAUGCGAUUCGGAGGCUGAGGCCGAACAACCCAGUGUCUCUGUCAGUGUCCAGCAGGACGGACUCUGGCGUCCACGCCCUCUCUAACUCCGCCCACUUUGACCUCCAGCGCAUGAAGGACAAGCCGCCGUUUACUGAAGACGUUCUUGUUGAGGCUCUUAAUUAUCACCUUGGGACAGAACAAAUCAGGGUCACCCGUGCCUACCGGGUUCCGGAUAACUUCCAUGCCCGUUACCGUGCCCAGUCUCGCACCUACAUCUACAGAAUCGCUCUGGGAUUCUCUCAUCACUCUCUGCUUCCCCUCACAGACUGUGAACUGUGCUGGAACCUCAGUAACACGGAGCUGGAUGUGGAGGCCAUGCGUGAGGCCGCUGCCAUGCUCGUCGGGACUCAUGAUUUCAGCAGCUUCAGGGCGAUCAGCACUGACACGCCGUUUAAAAGCCCCGUGAAGACGCUGGACGUGGUCGAUAUACAGCCAGGAAGCUCCUUUGCAAGUGCACAUUUUCACAGAGAGUUUUCAUUCUGGGAGCUGAAAUUUCAAAGCAGAUCAUUUCUCUAUAAGCAGGUGCGGAGGAUGACGGGGGCCCUGGUGGCUGUAGGCCAAAGGCGGCUCUCAGUGCCUCAGCUGAGAGACAUAAUGGAGGCUCGAGACUCUCUGAUCUACCCAAAGCAUCUGGCUGCUCCAGCCCACGGCCUCUUCCUCGCCCGGGUGGACUACAGAGAGGAAGGUGAGCAAGUCAGACAGAAUAGAUUAAGCAAAGCCCCAACAUCACAGUUAUCUUCUAAUGCAGAAAUAUUGUUUGUAUCCCCGUGGCAAGAAAUGUAUUCUAGGAUAGACUUUGCAAGUCUGAGGCAGUAGCACACUCAGUAAGGUAACUGAACUGAAACACCUGACAAUGUAUGAAGAUCAAGAGCCAAAUAGGUUCCAGGGCCUUUUGCCUCCAGAGAUGCAAAGAACACAGUGGAUCACACAGCAAGUCUUGUGUUGCAGGAAGAUUGAGAAAGACUUAUCUUUGCCUUGUUUUGAAAAUCUAUAGUUUAUUCAGACUUCAACAAAUCAAACAGUCUGAAAAAGUAUUAUAGCAGACAUUUCUUAGAACAACAGAGAACAGACAACUUAUACAGACUUCUUGAUAUUAACCAAUCAGCCACAACAUUUUGUACCAGAAUAACUCUGACCCACAAAGGCACUGACUUCAUCAGACCUCUGAAGGCAUCCUGUGGUAUCACGCACCAAGACAUUAUUAAGAUCCUUUAAGUCUUAGAAAGGUACAAAGUGGGGCCUCAAUGGAUCAGACUUGUUUUUCAGUUACAUCUCACAGAUGCUUGGUUAGAUUGAGAUUUGCACAUUUUUGAGGCCAAUUCAAGAUCUUGAACGCUUGGUGAUGUUCCUCAAACCAUUCCUAAACAAUUAUCGUGCUGCAGUAGGUCACUGUUGUUGCGAUGUGGCCUGCAGCAAUGUGUAGGUAGGUGGUACAUGUCAAAGUAACAUCCAAAUGAAUGCCAGGAGUCAAGGUUUCCAGCAGAACAUUUACCAAAACAUCACACUGCCUUUGUGACAUGCCUCCUUCCUAUAGUACAUCCUGCUGGCCUCUCUUCUCCAACAUUAUUUACACCCAGUUGUCCACAUGACAUGAAAGAAGACAAGAUUAACCAGAACAGGUCACCUUCUCCCAGUUAGAUUCUGUUUUGAUGCCCACUGCUCUUUUGGCUGUGGAAAGGGGUCAGCAUGGACUCACAUCUGCCGUUUUGGAGAUGACUCAUUUGGCGAUCGCAGUUUGGUUCUAGUGAAAGUCAUUCAGGUCCUUAUGCUGCCUGUUUUUCCUACUUCCCCUUUGACAGCUGCCACUGUAACGUAAGGAGAUAAUUAGUGUUUUCACUCUACCUGUCGGUGGGUUUAAUCUAGUGGCUGAUUGCUGUAUGUUGUAGAUUACCAGUUGCUUUUCAGUUGUCUACCAAAAAUAGCAAUAUUUUGAAGCAUAAAAUGUAGUUUAGUAUUGACUGUGAGUUUUGCUAGAUAUCAGACAUAUAGUCGCUUUUGAGGUUGCCAUUGAUGCCUUAGGUGCUCAUUUGUUAGGAGUUUAGAUGAUUUGUGUCACAUUUUCUUUAUCAGAACAUGUCUGAGUUAGCUUUGUUCCUGUCUCCUCAGACCUGCAUCCAUCUACAGGGAACUCAACGGACUGAUGCUACUUUAUUUCUAAACUAUUGUGUGAAAUUCUUUUAAUAAAGUGUUUUUCUUUA